CGUGAAUCCUAUAGGUUGAGCGACCGGGAAAGUUCAAGAGAUGAUGUAUAUCGGCGGUGUCCAGGACGAAGCCGGCAACCAAGCCGCCGCCGCCGCCGUGCAGAGCUACGGAGGACUAGAAUCCAGUCCUUUCCAGCCACCAAUGACGCCGCUACCGCCAGACUUCUCCUUAAGAGGCAGCGACGCCUUUGCCGCGGCGGGGUACUUCGACUACUACCGCAGAGAUGACCAAUUCGGCUCCGCCUCCUCUUCCGCCGCCGCCGCCCCUGGCCCAGUGUACUUCAACGACGGCCAGGACUUGAACUCCAUAGUUUCGGCCGGGUUUCGUCCCUUCUUCGCCAAUUCCGUACCGGAAACGGGCGGUUUGGCCGGAUCUCACCAGGCGGGGAUUACGAGCCCCGGCGGCGAGGGGUUAACGGCGGAUCAAUGCCUUGACCAGCUGUUGUACGGUUACAACCACCCCACCGGCACUCCGUCAUUCGGCGGCGAUGCUCUGGCGUCACAGCCGCCGCCGGUCUUCUCCGUCGAGCCUCGGAGAGGAAAGAAGGGUGGCGAUGCACCCGGGCAAAGAACUUCAAUUUACCGCGGCGUAACAAGGCACAGGUGGACCGGAAGAUACGAAGCGCAUCUAUGGGACAACAGCGGUAGAAAAGAAGGAAAUCCCAGGAAAGGGCGGCAAGGUGGAUAUGACGACGAGGUGAAGGCUGCUCAGUCAUAUGAUAUGGCUGCUAUAAAGUACUGGGGUUCAGAUGCGAUCACCAAUUUCCCUGCCUCAGACUAUAGCGAAGAGAUGGAAGAAAUGAAGGACCUGUCUAGGCAGGAGUUCAUCGCCACCUUGAGGAGGAGGAGUAGUGGCUUUUCGCGAGGAGCUUCCAUUUAUCGCGGCGUUACAAGGCAUCGUCACCAAGGACGUCGUUGGCAGGCGCGGAUUGGGCGUGUAUCUGGGAAUAGGGAUCUCUACCUUGGAACAUUUGCCACGGAGGAGGAAGCGGCGGAGGCGUACGACAUAGCGGCCAUCAAGUUCAGGGGAACGCGUGCGGUGACAAACUUUGAGAUUAGCCGGUACGACAUUGAGACCAUCCUGACCACCACCCUCCCCAUCGGCAACGGCGCCAAGCGCCAGAAGCUUGGCGCCGCCGCCGCCGGAGGGGGCGGUGAUGAUCUGGAUCGGCCUCAAGAGACUAGCGGGGCCCACGAGGCGGGAGCAAUGCCGUAUGACGGCAGGGUUGGUUUUGGGGACGACGGCAUCUUCAGUAACUUCGGCAUGGUCCAGUCCCCGGUCCCCAGCAACCCGGUUCCCGGCCCGGUUCUGCCCGGUCCGGUUGUUCAAACUCAUCCCUGGUAUUACAACGGCCCCUUAUUAUGCCCCGGUCACCACCCGGUCGUCAACUCGUCGGUCGGCUCUUCGGCUGAUUCGCCUGGGCCCGCGGCAUUCGAUUUGGUGACCCCGUCAAUGCCACCAUAUGGUGAUGAGUUCUUCGUGUUUCCCCCUCCACCGGAUCAAUUAAAUGACAGCUACAUUAAUAUUGAUUACCAUGUUGGAACAACUCCAACAAGAUCAGAUUACUAACUGCUAUUAUUGAGUAAUUUUUUUGGGGGCAAUCUCUAAUUAUAUAUAGGAAUUAUUUUCGAAGUGUGUUUUGGUAGUUUAAUUUCGAACUGAUAGGAUCCCCUCUUAUGUUUAUGAGACUGCUAAGAAGCCAUAGUGACUUCAUUUCUGAGUAUUGGAUUUUUAUUGGAUGGCCCAACAUAUAUAGAUAUCCCCAUAAUAAUUGAGGGCAAACUGCCCUUGUUUUUAAGGGAUGGCUUUAUUUUAUAAACAAAUUAAAGAGUAAAUUCCAUA